ACACUAACUCUGUUCACUUUGUUUCUCACUGCUGCCGCUCCCAUGAUGCAUUGCAGAGGAAACACAGGAUGUUCUCCCAGCUGGAAAACAUGAAAACAAACUGCUGGAAGAUUUCAAGAAACAAGUUCAGGUCUUCAGCAAACCGAGAUGUGAAAUAAGAACAGGCUGAACAGAGUAAGAGAGGCGAACCCGCUGAGCUCUGAGCACUUUCUGGGAGAUUUCUGUCUCGUUUUAACCCACUGUGGUUCAUUUCUAAAGUCCUGCAGCUCCGUGGAAGCAGAACAUGAAGGAGAGAGAACUCAGAGACGUCUUCUGUCAGUAGGACUCAGUUAGAAUGACAGGAAGAGACACAAACAGCACACAAAGAUGCAAAAAUGACGCUAAAAGAUGCAAAAAUGACACUAAAAGAUGCAAAAAUGAGACACAAAGAAGCAAAAAUGACACAAAUGAUGCAAAAAUGAGACACAAAGAUGCAAAAAUGACACAAAUGAUGCAAAAAUGUCACAAAAUGGUGCAAAAAUGAGACUGUUAGAAUGAUGUAAAGCAGGAAAAGUUGUUGGUGUCCACAGGUGCUGCUACAUUCUGUAAAAGUUUCCAUGUUUCUAGCCUUUAAAAGUCCUGAGAGACGCUUUUAUCUGCCUCGUUUUUAUAGUUUUCUGCUGCAUGUUGGUGAUUUUAUGUGUCUUGUUUAGUUGUUUUCUGUUUAGUUUCGUGUCUCUUAGGAACAGUUUUAGCUCCUCUCUGUUGUUUUGUCUCAUUUCUGUUAUUUUGUCUCGUCUUGGUCGUCAUUUAGUCAUUUUCUGUCCAUUUCUGUUGUUUUCUGUCUUGUUUUGGUUGUUUUAUGUGUGUUUUGGACAGUUCUCUGUCUUUGUUGUUGUCUUGUCUAUGUUGUUUUUUUGUCUCUGUAGUGGUUUUAUCUCCUCCUGUAGAUGUUCUUCUAUCUCCAUGUUAACUCUCUACUCUGCUCAUCAGCUUAGAUGUUUCACCAUGCUGGAUGGAUCUCCAGCAGCUUGCUCCUUGUGACUGUCUUCAACCUUUUCUUAUCUCUGCUGCCUGACAUCAGUUUCUAAAAAUAUAUAAGAGUCCGAUUUGUGUCAAGUUUCUCUCCUCCAUGUCAUUAUAAUCCUCAGACCUGAAGUUAGACACAGAAUCCCUGGACUUCUCUUGGAGAUGUUUGGAGAGGUUUGAAGAUGUUUGAAGAUGUUUGGAGAUGUUUGAAGAUGUUUGGAGAUGUUUGAAGAUGUUUGGAGAUGUUUGAAGAGGUUUGAAGAUGUUUGGAGAUGCUUGAAGAUGCUUGAAGGUGUUUGGAGAUGAUUGGAGAUGUUUGGAGAUGUUUAGAGAUGUUUGAAGAUGUUCGGAGAUGCUUGAAGAUGCUUGAAGAUGUUUGGAGAUGAUUGGAGAUGUUUGAAGAGGUUUGAAGAUGUUUGGAGAUGUUUGAAGAUGUUUGAAGAUAUUUGGAGAUGUUUGGAGAUGCUUGAAGAUGCUUGAAGAUGUUUGGAGAUGUUUGAAGAGGUUUGAAGAUAUUUGGAGGUAAUUGAAGAUGUUUGGAGAUGUUUGAAGAGGUUUGAAGAUAUUUGGAGAUGAUUGAAGAUGCUUGGAGAUGUUUGAAGAUGUUUGAAGAUGUUUGGAGAUGUUUGAAGAGGUUUGAAGAUAUUUGGAGAUGAUUGCAGAUGCUUGGAGAUGUUUGAAGAUGUUUGAAGAUAUUUGGAGAUGUUUGAAGAUAUUUGGAGAUGCUUGAAGAUAUUUGGAGAUGCUUGGAGAUGUUUGAAGAUGUUUGAAGAGGUUUGGAGAUGCUUGGAGAUGCUUGGAGUUGUUUGAAGAUGUUUGGAGAUGCUUGGAGAUGUUUGAAGAUGUUUGAAGAUAUUUGGAGAUGAUUAUAAUAAUAAUGGAUUAGAUUUAUAUAGCGCUUUUCAAGGCACUCAAAGCGCUUCACAAUGAAUCCAUUAUUCAUUCACUCACACAUUCUCACUCAGCGGUGGUAAACUACAUUUGUAGCCACAGCUGCCCUGGGGCAGACUGACGGAAGCGUGGCUGACAAUCUGCACCUACGGCCCCUCCGACCACCACCAGCAUUCACACGCAUUCAUACUCCAGUGUGAGUAGCAGCACUGGAGGCCAGGUGGGUAAAGUGUCUUGCCCAAGGACACAACAGCACAUGACUAGGACAGAGAGGGAAUCGAAACGCCGACCUUUCGAUCAUUGGACGACCCGCUCUACCACCUGAGCCACAGCCGCCCCAUGAUUGAAGAUGUUUGUAGAUGCUUGGAGAUGUUUGAAGAUGUUUGGAGAUGUUUGAAGAUGUUUGAAGAUGUUUGGAGAUGUUUGAAGAGGUUUGAAGAUAUUUGGAGGAGCAGGUCCAGGUGACCUCCCGGCUGGUGGACAGGAUGAGCGGGAAGCACAGCGAGCUGGAGGGUCGCCUCGACGACCUGCUGACACGCAUCGCCAUGGAGACGCAGGAGAUCAAAGAGCUGGAGCAGCAGCUGACCGACGGUCAGAUUUUGGCGAAUGAAGCUCUGCAGAGAGAUUUGGAGGAGGUGAUGUGUGGACUUCAGGAGUAUCUCAGAAGACUCAGACAGCAGGCUCUUCUCUCGAAGCAGCAGGUCGUCAGUCUGCAGGCUGAGAACCAGAGUCUGCAGCUGCACCUGGAGGACGCUCAGAGACACUGCAGGCAGCUGGAGGACUCGGCCAGGAUGCACACACAGAACAUGAGUGUCCAGCAGGGGGAGCUGUCUCUGCUGCAGAAGGAGGCCCAGACUCUCAGGGAGAGACAGGUGGAGAGCAGCAGGCAGCAGGCGGAGCUGGAGGCGGAGCUUCAUCUGCUGAGGGAGGAGUUAAGCCGACAGGUGACACUGGGACAGUUUCAGAUUGAAGCUCUUCAGGCAGCUGCAGAUAAAGAAAAACAAACUAGAGAGAUCAGAGAGUCUCAGCUGCAGUCCACCAUCGAGUCUCUGCAGAAAGCUGCAGACGAGCUGAACGAAGAAUCUCUGAAGAACCAACAAACUGUGGAGGAGCUGGACCGGACCAGGACCAGAACCAGGACCAGGGCUGCAGAUGGAGGCCGGUGGUGGUCCAUACUUCCUGGACUCAGUGCUCCCAGUCUGGGGUCUCAGGGGACUCAGGACUCGGGUUUGGACCUGCAGCAGCUCGGUUCUCCUGACAGACCUCCUGCAGGUGGAGGCUGCUGGGUCCACCUGCCCCCGACACACCACGACUCAGAGGGAAGCAGCAGUGGAGGCAGCUGCUCCACACCAGGGACUCCUCCUCUUCCUCCUCCCCCAGCUGCAGGCUCCUCCCCUGGGCCUGCUGAUGCUCAGACUCCCGUGGUAGGACCUGGCUGGCUGCUCUGUGGUUCCUACAGUCCACCAGCAGGAGGUGCUGCUGAACACCUGGACAAGCAGGGAGGUAGGUGUGUGUGUGAGUGUUUGCACACAGAAGCAGAGAAACUGGAGGAAGAGAAGAAGAAGCUGCGACUGCAAACCAAACAGCUGCGACACAAACUGAGGAGACACAGGAGUGUGAUGCAGGUGUGUGAUGAGGUCGAGUGUUUAGAGAAAACUCUGCUGAAGAGACGAACUGAACUCCGUCAGGCCGACAGGCUGCUGCUGGAGGCUCAGAGCUGCAUAAACACCAGCAGAGAGCAGGUUUCAGAGGUUCAGCUGGAGGCCGACGUGCUGCAAGACGAAGCUCAGGAGAAACUCAGGCGGCUCCAGCUGGAGGUGCAGCAGCUGAGGAUGAGGAGGCAGCAGGAGCAGCAGAGGGUGAGGAAGAUGGAGGAGGAGGCUGAGGCCGCUGCAGACAGACUGGCUGCGGUUCUGUCCGACUGUCUGGAGGCUCAGAGACAUCUGGACUCUCUCAGUGCUCAGGAGCUGUUGAGUCGCAACAGGUGGAUGGUCUCAGGUGUGAAAGAGGACGAACAGAAGCUGGACUCUCUGAGGACUGAACUGAGCCGACACCGAGCAGAACUGAAGAAGGUUCUGCAGGAGCAGCUGGUGGAGCAACAGCAGCUGGAGAACAUGAAAACUGAACACACCCAGAACCUCCAGAAGCUCCACCAGAAGAAGAACCAGCUGGACAGGACCAAGGAGGAGCUGGACAGGACCAAGGAGGAGCUGGACAGGACCAAGGAGGAGCUGGACAGGACCAAGGAGGAGCUGGACAGGACCAAGGAGGAGCUGGACAGGACAGAGGAAGACUCGAACAGGAAGCAGGAGCAGCUGGACAGGAGGCAGGAGGCGAUGGAUCGACUGAGAGAAGAUCUGGACGAGAUGCAGGAUGAAGUGGACAAACUGCAGCAGGAGGUGGAGACACGACUCAGAGACACAAAACAGCAGCAGACUGAACUACAGGAGGUCCAGCAGGAGCUGAGCAGGAGGAGGGAGGAGAGAGUGAACCUGCAGCAGCAGUGCAAACACCUGGAGGACCGACGGAGGCUCGCUGACAGGAGUCUGGCAGCUGUGAAGGCGGAGCUUAUUAAGCAGAGGGAGGAGCUUAGCCACGCCCAGCUCCUCAAACAGGAAGUGGUCAGAGAUACAGCAGCUAGUCAGCAGCAGCUUAAUGAAAACUCUGAGUUCUUGUCUCUGCUCGGUGAACGAGUGGACGAGAGGAAGAAACAGCUGCAGACUCUGGAACAGGAGCUCAAUGCGUCCAAUCAGCAGCAGAGAACAGAACACCUGAAGGAGCUGGAGAGACAAAUACGAGAAAAACAGGACGUUGAAGCUGCAGUGACUCAGGUGGAGGACAGGGGGCGUCGUCUGACCCAAAAGCAGCUGCAGCUCAACCAGCUCAGUGAGGAGCUCUGUCAGCGACAGAAACAGCUACUGCACCAGGAGGAGGAGCUAAAGGAACAGAGGGAGGAGCUAAAGCUGCAAGAGGAGGGACUAAAGAAGCAGCAGGAGGAGCUAAAUGAACAGAGGGAGGAGCUACAACUGAAGGGGGAGUGUCUAACACAGGCAUAGGAGAAGCUACAAAAGACACAGGAGGAGCUUUGCGUGAAAGAGGAGGGGCUUCAGAAGAAAGAGGAGGAGCUUCAGAAAAACCAGUCCGGUGCGUCUCCCGGUGCGUCUCCCGGUGCGUCUCCCGGUGCGCAGCGUUCGGAUCCAAGAAGCUCCGCGGCCUGACGCGCUCAGUCUCUCCUGAAGUUUGUGCAUCUGGACUCGGUGACCUGCAGCAGCUCACGAUGAUCCCCAGAGUGGCUCAGAGCUUCCAGUCUCUGCGGAACAGCUGCGCUUUACCCGCAGCCGGGAAGCCGCUGUGGAGAGCGUGGACGCGGCAGGGAGGACUACCUGCAGCCAGCCGUGGCAUCCAUGUGGACUGUCCGCCCAUCAACCCGACUCUCACCAGCAGCUAUGUCCACGGAACGUCGUCCAUGCCGCUGCAGCAGGCCACAGUGGCAGAAGCCCUGCUGAAGUCCGUGGAGCUCCAUCCUGACAAGGAGGCGAUGGUUUUUAAAGAGGACGGGCUCCGCAAGACGUUUGCAGAGUUUUAUCAAGAUAUGAGUCAUUUUCAAGUAUAUUAGGUUAGGUUGAUGAACCGGAAACAAUGAGGCCGAAAAACACCUCACAACCAGCUGAUGGGUUUUAAAAACAUUUGGUUUUGAGGAAUGGACGUAACAACCCAAUUUAUUAAAGCCAGAAAUUGUAACAGCAGAAGAAAUGUUGGAUUUUGAACUUCACGACAGCCCGUGAUGUGUGGUUCAAUCCAGAAAUUUAACUAAAUCUAACCACAAAGUCGCAAUAUUUCAUCAGUAUCUCUUUAUGCUACGUCUGUUAUUAAAAAAAAAUCCAACAUAAACUGCUCCAAGUACAUCCCAAAUAUCAACACUUCUGCAAUGCAAACCCAGUAUUGAUACAGCUGAGACCAACAGCUGUGGAUUGAACUGCAGGCUGUGUUUACUUUGCAGAUAAGAGAUGAGACUGGAAAUAAUUUGAAAGAGAUGUCUGUGUAGUUUCUCAUUCAUCCAGGUCAUGGUUAUCCAAAGUUGUUUAAAUCAAUCCAACUGGACUUUAAGAAGGUUCCUUGAAGACGUUCCACCUCUCAUCCAAGAGGCUUCUUCAGUUCUGGUGGUGGUUGAUGUUGCCUCAGCUUAUAACCUCUGUGAGGUGUGGUCAGUGUUAUUCACAUUCUGACGACCAUUGCCAAGGCCCACCUGGCUCCUCAACGAUGGUCGUUGGGAGCCAGGGAGUGACAAAGGGGGUCGCUUGAAAUGCAUCUGUUUUUUGCAUCUCUUUGCAUCCAUUUUGCAUCAUGAGGUAUUUCUUCUUGCUGUCUUUUUGUGUGUCGAAGCUUUGCUUUUCUCUUUAAAUACUCUUAUGUAUUUCUUUUUUGCCCAUCUCUGGACAGUUUGCAUCUUUUUUUUUAGUCAUGGUGAGUGUUUUUCUGCAUAUUUUGCAUCUGUUUUGCAUCUAGUAAUGUGUCCUCUUUCUGUCCUUUUACAAAUAUAGCUGUACUUUUUGAUUGUUUUAUGUAUCUUGGAGAUGUUUUAAAUUUUUGCAGUGAAUUAGCAUCAAUUUUGCAUCUUUCUUGUCCUCUUGUAUCUCUUUGUGGUUGAUUUGAGCCUUUGUGGUUGUUUUGCAUGUCUUUGCAUUUGUUUUAGAUCUAGUUCUGUGUCUCCUUGUCUUUUUGUGUGUCUUAGCAGUGCUUUUUUCUUUAUGAUCUGUUUUUUUUUGUCCGCUCUGUCCAUCUCUGGUCAGUUUGCAUCUCUUGCUGGUCAUUUUGAGGCUCUUUGUGGUUGCUUUGAAUUUAAUUUCCAUCCUUUAUUUUUAUUGGCUUGGGUCUCUUUGCGACUGUUUUGCAUCUAGUUGCAGUUUUUUUGUGCAUCUUGGCAGCAUUGUUUUCUUUUUUUGUGCAGUGAAUUGGCAUCAAUUUUGCAUUUUUCUGGUCCAUUUGUAUCUCUUUGUGGUUGAUUUGAGCCUUUGUGGUUGUUUUGCAUGUCUUUGCAUGUAUUUUUUCAUCUAGUUCUGUGUCUCCUUGCUGUCUUUUUGUGUGCCUUAGCAGUGCUUUUAUCUUUAUGUCCUUUGAUCUGUUUCUUUUUGUCAGUUCUGUCCAUCUCUGGGCAGUUUGCAUCUCUUUCUGGUCAUUUUGAGUGGGUUUUUUUCAUGGUUUGCAGCUGUUUUGCAUGUAGUAGUGGUUCUUCUGCAUCUGCUUUCUGUCCUUUUUCAUCUCUUCUGCAUCUUUUUGAUUCUCUUUUUAGCUGGUUGCCUGUUUUCUGCCGUCUUGUGUCUCUUUGUGAUCGUUUUAAUGACUUUUGGCACCUGUGCCUGUUUGGUAAUCCAUCCAUGUGUAAAAUGGAUGUUUGGAAGAGCAAUAACUCAGGUCACUUGUUCCUUCAUCUCUAAACACAUGCAGUAAUGUUUAAUAUUUAAUCGCUGUCCACAGAUAAUGUAGGUAUUCAUUCAUCACACCCAAACAGCUGCAGGGAAGACAGAAUUGUGACACAAUUAAUCUCUAACUGUUGAUGCUGUGUUUAUGUAAGUGGUGGUGCUACAGAUCAACGGGUCACUGCAGCUUUUUCUAGACCAUUUUCACAGCAAACAUCAGGACCUGUUACAGCUGCAGUGACAAAGUCUACUUGGACAGCCGGCUGUGUGUUCAAUUCCAUAAACUAUGACCCAGUUACCUCUCAGUCACUUUGGAGUCACUGUGAUAUCAGCAAUCGGUGACUUUAACCUGACAGAGUUUAAUCAAACCGCACUCAGAUAGCAGGCUGUUUUAUUGCUGAUAUUUACAUAUUAAUGCAUUUUUACAACAUUAAAGAAAAUUGAAAUGUUACUUAUUAAGAAGCUUACUGGAAGCAUAGAAGGAAGAAAAGGAGAGAAUGUGGCUGAAGACUUGGUGUCAAAAUUGUAUAAAAUGAUGUGAAUUAAAUGUCAGUUGUAAGAUUU